GGUGUAAGCCGUCUCUGGUUCCGUCCUUUAGGUUGGCCGGGAAUGGAUAGGGUGCGAACGUUGCGGGGUUGUCAUUCGUAUCUUACUGUCGAUCCCAGGACUAGACACAAUGGAAGUCCCACCCGCCAAGCUUCUGUCAGUUGCCUUUAUUUGGGGCAUCUGCUCUUCUGACUUGUGAACCUUUUGUCUUGUGAGACACACUGUUCUUAUCGCUGUGUUACGGCUGCCGACAAGGUAGUACUCUUGACUUUACAAUGGCCUCGGCUGACCAGACGUGGGAAUUCAUCGUUGUGGGUGGUGGCCCGGCGGGUUGUGCCCUUGCCUCAAGACUCGCUCGGUCAGCGCGACGCCCUCAGGUCCUCCUGCUUGAAGCCGGCCCUCGUAAGGAUGAUCCAUCGCUGCGUGUGGACGGCCAGCGAUGGCAAACCUUUAUGAAUGGGGACCUGAAUUGGGGCUACAAGACCACCCCGCAAGAGCACUGUAAUGGUCGACAGAUCGACUAUUCUCGGGGCAAGGUGCUGGGUGGCAGCAGCGCCAUCAACUUCGGGGUCUACACCGUGGGUGCGCGAGACGACUAUAACCAAUGGGCUGGGCUUGUUGGUGAUGACUUGUUUCGCUGGGAGCGCAUGCAAGCUCGAUUCAAGCAGUUGGAGACGUUCAACGGUGCCAUUGUGGACCCAAAGAACAGCAAAUAUGCGACCCCAAAUACCUCGGACCACGGCUCCCAGGGGGGUCUGAAGGUCGGCUAUGCGGCUGAAUGGGAGCAGGAUCUUCCUCUUAUGAUGGAUGUGUUCGAGCAGGCUGGCUUGACUCACAACCCUGACCACAACUCGGGAGACCCAAUUGGAAUGGCUUUGGUCAUCAAUUCAUCUCACCAGGGCCGAAGAGUGACGGCAACUGAUCUAUUGGAUGGGGCACCAUCUAAUCUCACUAUCAUAACGGAGACGCCAGCGCUCAAGCUCAUACUCCAAGGCUCCAAGGUUGUUGGUGUGGAAACCAAGGGGGCAAAAUACCUCGCAUCUAAGGAAGUGAUUCUAACAACCGGAUCACUGGACACGCCCAAGAUCUUGAUGCAUUCGGGACUUGGACCAGCGGACCAACUACGACAAUUUGGGAUCCCCGUCGUCAAAGACAUACCUGCGGUAGGUCAGGGUCUUCGUGACCACUUCUUCGCACCGUUGUGCUUCCAAAGGAACCCGACAACAAACGAUCGCGACGCCUUCUUCGGCAACCCGGCCGCCAUGGAGUCUGCUCUAGAACAAUGGAGCAAAGAUGGCACUGGGCCAUGGGCACGUCACUCGUGUCAGAUUGGCGCCGGCUGGCUCAAAUCGGAUCGUUUGGUCGCAUCCGAGGAAUUCAAAGCACUGCCUCCUACUGUGCGGGAUUUCCUACAACGCGACACGGUGCCACAUUAUGAAUUUAUGACACAUUUCCCACUGCAUCUUAUCGCUCCCGAGCCCUUUAAAGACUACAGCUACGUCUGCAUGCUCGUGUUUCUGAUGAACGAGCAAUCCAGCGGCGAAGUACGCCUGCAGUCAGCCAAACCUGAAGACCCGCUGUUGUUUGACCCGAAGUUCCUGUCACAUCCGUUUGACAGGCGCGCAUGUAUUGAGAUCUACCGCCAUGCGCUAGAGGUAACGAAGCAUGAGUCUUUCCAGAAGGACACAGUGUCCGCCUUGAUUGCUCCUCCGUCCGAGUCGGAUGAGGAUAUCCUAGAGUUCUGGAAGAACACACUCGGGUCCAGUUGGCACAUGACUGGAACGACCAAGAUGGGCAAAUCCGGGGAUGUCGAUGCGGUCGUGGACAGCCGGUUCCGGGUAUUUGGUGUCGAGAAUCUGCGAAUUGCUGACAUGGGUGUGGUGCCUGUUUUGACCAACAACCACACGCAGGCAACCGCGUAUGUGACUGGUUUGACGUGCGGAGAUGCGCUGGCAGAGGAAUAUGGACUUGAUAUUUCGGAGGCCCGAUUGUAGGUGGUUUACAAGACAUGAACAAGAACUCGUCUGGAGUGUGACUAUGGACAAUCACUGGCUUCACAUUGGAUAUUUUAUAAGGGCCUAUGUCAAUCACAACUUCCCUCUCUAUAUACGGAGCCGGGGCUCGGUGUAUACGAAUGAUGAUGUUCUGAAGGCGGGACUGGUAAAUCUCUACGUGAUUCUCAUUAUUUCAUCAUCCUCCCGUCUUCAUGGGGCCAGUCGUGUACCUCAUCAA